CACGCAUUGCACGCAACCCUAACACUUCUCGCCUGCACUUUAUAGGUUAGCUACUGCGUUAUUGUUCCUGCAUCGUAGUUUAGCUCGGCAGGGCCUCAGGUGUUGAACUUCCCUGUGGACCUCCAGUUUGCAUACACGACCUGAGAUAUAUCGCUAGCCCUGGGAUAGGCCAUGUCGCAACUCGUCUUCCAAAGCAAAUGUCAGGCGGGAUCAGCGGCGCGAACAACCCGGAGCCGGCGGACAACUGUACCCAGGGCUCAGCUGUGGAUGCCUUCAUCUGAAGUCAAGCUCUCGGUCUCCUCGCGCAACCCGCACCCGCCAGUGGUCUGCCAGGGCCCCCCACCCCCGAACCCCCUAGUCAUCGAGCGUUUCCAGGGCGUCGUCUCGCAACUCUUCCAGCAGCGCAUUGUGCGUCUGGGUGGCGCGGUGGAUGAUGACAUGGCCAACCUGCUGGUGGCCCAGCUGCUGUACCUGGACUCGGUGGACCCGCGGCGCGACAUCACCAUGUACGUCAACUCGCCCGGUGGAUCCGUCACGGCAGGCAUGGCCGUGUUCGACACCAUGCGCCACAUCCGGCCCGACGUGAGCACCUGCUGCAUCGGCAUGGCGGCCUCCAUGGGCGCCUUCAUCCUGGCGUCGGGGCAGCAGGGCAAGCGCUACAGCCUGCCCAACAGCCGCAUCAUGAUCCACCAGCCGCUGGGUGGCGCGCAGGGGCAGGCGACCGACAUCGAGAUCCAGGCCAACGAGAUCCUGCACCACAAGCUCACGCUGAACGGCUACCUGGCCCAGUUCAGCGGGCAGUCCAUGGAGACCAUCACCAAGGACACCGACCGAGACUUCUUCAUGUCGCCGCAGGAGGCCAUCGAGUACGGCCUCAUCGACGCCAUCAUCGCCAAGCCACAGCUGCUGCAGAGCAGGGAGCUGGCGGGCGCGGGGGCGGGCGCGGAGCAGGCGGCGGCGUGAGCGUGAGCGUGAGAGGGAGGGAGCGUUGCAGUGGGGUGGGGUGGUGCGCGGGUGGGAUGUAGUGGGGGGUGGGGUGGUGCGCGGAUGAGGUGUUGUGAGGAAGGUAGUGGGGAGGCAGCGGCGCCACAGGUCGGGUUGGUGUGGGGGGUAAAGAGGAAACAACUAACUGACUGUGUAGGGGGCCGCUGAUACUUGGAAAAGUAUGUUCAUCGCAGGGGGAGUGUGUACGGUGCGAUUAUGCACCGAUACGGGAAAGCUUGCAGGGAAAACAGCUGGGCAGCUGCAUUCGAAGGAGAGGAUGUUGGGGCUGCUGUUUUGUUAUAGUUGCUUGGAAAGGGGUUGUUACUUGGGAAGGCGUAGGCGCCGAGGAGUGUGUUUUUUAGGGAGCCGGUGUUUGGGGGUGCAUGGUUCGGGUGGACGAGGGGUAUGCAAAUGAGGGCAGCAGGGAAAGGAGGGUGGACUGCUUCUGGACUGCAUGAGGUCUGGGGAGUGCGCCGACUAGUUUACUACAGUGGUUGCUUAAAGCGUACACGCGGGCAGAUAUGAUGCUUGGAAGCGCUACUGGGGAAAGCCGAGUCACAAGCUAUCCUUAUAGAUUGCUGGUUGGGUGUGUAAGGAGGAGGAGUAGCCUGAGUUUGAGCAACACAAGGACGA